CAUCAUGGCUCCACGCACGAGCUGUUACGCACGUAGAGCCCUCCUCUCUUUCAGUUUUGUCAGCGAUAACACCCUAGACCGAUAAUAAUAAGUACGAAGUAUUGUGAGGUCGCAGAAGACUACAGAACCUCAGCUGUGGUGACAGAGAGUCAGAAUGGAGAACCUUUCAUCGAACUGCUGCCUGUCGGCAGCUCAGCGGUUUGGGGAGUCUUAUUUCCCACGCCAAAACGGAAGAAGAGGUCCAGCAUACCUGUCAUGGCUGUUAGCCUGUGUUUCCAAAUGUAAAGGCAAGAGAAUAUCCUUAGAGAAUCCAGCAGAUGCCACACUCAUAAUAGGAGACCUGGAGGACACCAUCUACAGAGAGAGACCAGAUGAGGUGAACGGGUGGGGAAAAUUCUACCUUCCCAAGACAGUGACGAUGCAGGUUAUAGGUGUAGUGGAGGGCACCUCGUAUCCGUGUGACCAGCUUGUUCUGAUGACCUGCGAGGACAAAAAGCUGUACGCCUACGAUGGAGAGGAGCUGCAUCUGGUGGCUUCAAGCCUGCAGCAGCUGUGGACGGAGGGAAUAGAGUAUCCAGCAUCCAAGAGCUACUACCACGGGGAGGCCUUCAAACAUAUGACAAAGGAGGACUGGGCAGACGCGAGGAAGGGUCCUGUGGGGAGGAGGUUGGACGAGGAGCAUCAUAAACUGGUGACGUCAAAAAAGUCCUCAUUCAUGGAGAAUCUCAGAAUCGCCAGACAACGAGCUGUGGUGCUAUGAUACAACUAAGAUUGUCCGCCUGAUUGGACAAGAGAAUGAAAACCAAAUAAUAAAAAUGCUCCAAGACAUCAUCAUGCGAAUGUCCAGGGGUCGUGGACAAAAUCUCAUCUCGUUUACCAUCUGUGUCUCUCAGAAGACCGAGGGCCCAGAUUCAGCCCAACACUAUGGAGUCUCCAUGUCCACUUCUGGCCGUCGUCUCGGGAAGAUCAUAGUGGCUGCUUCCUGUUUAAGCGCCUGGGACAGUCAUGUAGCUGAUGCAGUCAUGACUUACUAUCCAGGCAAGACCAAGAAAUUAUACUUUGAUGGAACAAUCCAGCUUCCAGAGAGUGUCAGGUGCCAGGCGUUUAGCCUCAGCACAGGAGAUGAAAUGCCUCCAUGCAGAUCAUGUGGGAAUUUAUUUGGUUUGUGCACAGAUGUAAAACAAUUGUGGGCCUAUGGCAACUGUGCUGAAGUUGAGAGCCUGAGUAACUUGCUGAAAAAUGAGAAUGAAGUUAAAAGGCAAGUACAACCAACAUCUCAGAUAUGGACAGAUGAGAACAGACAGAAGUCUAUAGAUAAUGUUCGGAAACAUCUUAAGUGUUUCCUGCGCACAGAGGGAUUUGAGUGGGAUCAGAAUUUCUACACCCCACAAAGCAUUCAGAUUUUAUAUUAUUCUAAUUGAUAUAAUGGAAGGAUCUUGGAAUCAGUUACUGUGAUGUAAACUCAGGUUCAUUAUUUGUUCUGAUUUUAUUUCCUGCAACCUCAUCUAGAAAAUAUUUUUUUAUUUGUUUAUUCAUUUGUGUGUUUGGAUCCUCAUUCUCAGGGACCCUAGGGGAAAAAUGGUUACAACAAAUACAUGAAAGCAUAUAAAUGACAUAAAUUAAAAGCAAAUGUAAAUCAGACUCCACAACUCCUGCUCUUCCUGACCAUGUGCAAACUUGCACUUUUUCAUGUACAUAUCGUGUGUAUUGUGUAUAUUGUAUUUAUUAGUGUAUAUUUGGUAUAUUUUUGUUGUAUAUUUCCAUAGAUGUUUUAUUCUAUAGAUGUUUAUUUUCUGCUGUGGUAAAUGAAUUUCCCAGUUGUGGGAUAAAUAAAGUUAAUCUAAUCUAAUAUGCAUAUAUGUAUACGUGAACAUACAUGUAAUUGAAUUAAACAAGAUAACUUGCAA